AUGACACAAGCUAUGACCAUCACCGAGCUCUCGCCUCGCCCCUCUGCUAUCCAGUUCUCUGAGAAUGAAGAUCCUCGAGGCCGCAGCGGUGCAAUUCACCCACUUUCAGUUCACGAUGAAGAACAUGAGACGCCAGCGGUCCUGUCUGGAAUCCCUCUGACCAAGACCAAGACGAGCGAGUCGACAAAUUCAAAGUCAAGUGGACGUCGCAGGUCUCUCGCAGAGUUUGCAGAACGCCUCCGCUCGCGCUCCCACUCCCGGUCCCGACCCAACAGCGGCAUCUUCAGCAAUAGUGAGAACACCAAGGACCGUCGCAAAUCUAGCGAUGAGGACUAUCAGUUCAAAUACUCGCGUCGUAAAUCCUCGGAUUUCACGGGCGAGUAUGCGGACGUGGCACGAGCACAGGCAUUGUACAUGGAGAAGCUGAGAGAGGAGCAAGAGAGGAAGAACGUCAAACAAAACAUUGAUGGACUACCUAUCCCUCCGCCUAUCCAGCGUCGUCGAUCGAGCGUGGCGCAGAUUCUGGGUAUCGACAAGCCCUUGUUAUCGCGAUGA